GGUGGACCAUUCCCAUAAUCACGUUCUCACUUCGCUCGGCAUAACUUGACUUGUCUGCAGCCUGAGUGAUCGGUAGCCCAGCUCGCGCCCGAAACCUACCGAAGUGGUACGCGCGACAGUCAGUUGGUUAAGCGACAGCGGUGGUACCGGUACCUCCUCAGCAGCACCAUUACUGCCUUAUCCACGGACAUGGUGACCACCACCGGUGUGACAAAUAAUAUGAUGCAGACGACAGAUAGUGUUUCCCCUUCACCCCCAAGUACUUCCCCGGGUGCAGGCGGUACAAAUGAAACUGGAACCACCAUCAGGAGGGUUAACGAGAAUAGAAGGAGUAAUAAGCCAAUAAUGGAGAAGAGACGUCGAGCCAGGAUCAACAACUGUCUCAAUGAACUGAAGACUCUAAUUUUGGACGCCAUGAAAAAAGAUCCCGCUAGGCAUUCUAAAUUGGAGAAGGCCGACAUUCUGGAGAUGACAGUAAAACACCUUCAAAAUCUCCAAAGGCAACAGAUCGCGAUGUCUGCAGCAACAGACCCUUCGGUGGUGAACAAAUUUAAAGCUGGUUUCAGUGAAUGCGCUACUGAAGUUGGACGUUUCCCCGGCUUGGACCCAAUAGUUAAAAGAAGACUGCUUCAACACCUUGCGAAUUGCCUCAAUCAAACCGUCAAACCCCAAGAAGUACCUCAAGUCCAGGUGCAUAUCUUACCAAACACUCAGAAGAGCCCUGAGCAGCAGGUACCCCAAAGCAGUGGAAUCAUUCUGAGCAAUGGUCGUGGUGGCGGAGUCCAGUUAGUACCUACCAGACUACCAAAUGGUGAUAUUGCAUUGGUACUACCUACCUCCAUCACGCAGCAGCAACAGAGUGUUGGUAUGGUAUCACCAAUUCCGCUGUUAGUGCCCAUAGUUCCUGAAAGGUCGCCUUCCACCACAUCGGCGACCAGCUCUUCAUCGCAGUACUCACCAAGUCAUAGUCCUGAGCCUAUGGACAUGUACUGCGAAGCUAAACCGUUAUCGUUAGUGGUGAGAAAAGAAGAACCGUUGGACGAUAAGCCUUGGAGGCCUUGGUGACUAAGCACUUUGUGAUUGGAUAAGAAAUUUGUGAUAGAUAUCUUCAUAAGAGGACCAGUAUUAAAUGCCAUACUUCGUAUACACUCUAUAAUAAUAACCAUGAUACAAUGGGACAGAUACUGUAUCUAUCCUGUUCUGAAAUAUUAAAAUUUACAAUAUACUUUCUGUAUCCUUUCGAUUUGAUUGUACUGAACCUGUGAUCUAAUCAAUUCUCUGUUGCGUUCUUUCGUGUAUAUAUCACUCUCGCUACCGAGCUCAGAAAGUGAAUAGAUCUGAUUAUAAUGAUCACUCUAUCUUUCUCUUGUACCAUUCAGUACAACAGUAAUCAGUUCGAACGGAUUCAGCUAGUUUUUCUGAAAGAAAAAAGUGGAUAGCAAAAACUAUUGUAGAAUGUAGAUCAUUGUUGAAAUCUCAUUAUGGCUAGCAACAUACAGGGUGUUCUGAAAGUUCAGCAUAUCUUUCCAGAAUCAACUACGUUUAAAAUAAAAAUUCCAAUGAUUGCGCUAAAACAUCAGCAAACAAGUAAAAAGAAGUUGUAAAAUGUUAGUUAUAUCGGGAAUUUCAAGUACCACCACUUGUUUUGCAUCAUUUGGGGCUGUCUGGAUCUUCUACCGUAUCCACCUGGUCGGCUUUUGUACGAUGUAAAUACACCUACUCACCUCGGGACGGAAUCUCCUGAACGAUCCGAAUACACUAGGGAAGUAUCAGUAUAAUCUUGAAGACACUUGCCUUAAACUAACGGCAAAUUGAUAACUUCGUUAUUGUUAUAUGUAGGAAGGUGCCAGUUUUCCAAAUCUGAGUGUAAAUAAGCUAGGGUAACUUAUACAGUAUACACCGCACAGCACCCGGUUUGCAUUCUGACGCAAUCGUAUUAGAAAACAUCGCACCUUCUGACGCACAGGAUGCAGGGUCGGGUUUGGCUCACUCCGAGCUCUUUGAAAUUCAAAAUUUCGGUUAUGUUAAGGCUUUGGUGUAUGUAUUUCUAGGAAAACUUGUAAAGGAAAGUCCCAACUUUAAAGACACUCUAUAACUUUUUUCCAUUUUGAUUCUACUUUCCUAUUUGAGGUUAUGCUUUCCAUUUUCAUUGACUGUUUGAAGUGCAAUCAGCAGUAUCUGUCCUUUCAUUGUACACAGAGACGCUUUUUAAUUUUUGUUGUGAUAAGUUGUAUAUAUUUUUGUAAAAGUAUAUUGUAUAUAUAUAUAGCUCUUGUGCCUUUAAACAGCAAGAUCUUUGAUGUCUUCCAUAGUGUUGUGUUGUGA